GUUCAGCAGUCCCUCUGCUAACGUGGACACACGAGGAGCAGUUGGAAGCGAUUCGACGAAGUUGUGGCUCGUGUGGACUUCAUGGCGUGAUAACUGGGUCAUUUUGACGUUGUAUUCUUGUCGAAGUCUCUCCCGGUCUUAGAUGAAACAAUGAAGGGAGAGCCAUGAUGAUGACACGGCAGACUGUGGCCAAACCUCGAAGACAAACUCUUCGGGGAGCUGGUUAUGUGUUACAUGCUCAGUCCUCCUGCCUUUCACUGACUGAGGAACUUUUUCUGGAGGCUGCAGAAUAUGGGAACAUUCCUGAAGUGAGGCGCAUGCUGGAGGAGCUGCCAGAACUGGACGUCAACUGUGUGAACUACAUGGGUCUGAAUGCGCUGCAGUUGGCUGUUGCCAAUGAGCAUUUAGAGGUUGCUAAGCUCCUUCUUAGAAAGAAAGACCUCUCUAGGAUAGGAGAUGCUCUGCUGUUAGCCAUCAGUAAAGGCUACAUCCGUAUAGUUGAGGCCAUACUGAACCACCAGGCCUUCGCAGACGGUCAGAGGCUGACUAACAGUCCCAGCCAGGCUGGGACACAUGAUGAUUUCUUUGCUUAUGAUGAAGAUGGCACACGUUUCUCUCAUGACAUCACUCCCAUCAUCCUGGCUUCUCAGUGCCAUGACUAUGAGAUUGUGCAUAUACUUCUUAUGAAGGGGGCUCGAAUAGAGAGGCCCCAUGAUUACUUCUGCCAGUGCAGGAUCUGCAGUGAGCAGCAGAGGCAUGACUCAUUUAGCCAUUCACAAUCACGCAUUAAUGCAUAUAAAGGUCUGGCUAGUCCAGCAUAUCUGUCCCUCUCUAAUGAAGACCCUGUGAUGGCCGCUCUAGAGCUUGGGAAUGAGCUGGCAGUUCUGGCAAACAUUGAGAAGGAGUUCAAGAACGAAUACCUGAAGCUGUCCAUGCAGUGUAAAGACUUCGUGGUGGGACUCUUGGAUUUGUGUCGAAACACAGAGGAAGUGAAGGCCGUCUUAAAUGGGGACACUGAAUCUUGUCAGGGCUCUCAAACCUUCAGCAGACAAAACCUUAUCAGAUUAAAACUGGCUAUAAAAUAUGAGGUUAAAAAAUUUGUGGCACAUCCAAACUGCCAACAACAGCUCCUCUCCAUCUGGUACGAGAACUUAUCUGGACUUCGUCAGCAAACCACAGCAGUUAAAAUCCUUCUUGUUCUUGGUGUGGCUGCUGGGUUGCCUUUCCUGGCCCUGAUUUACUGGAUUGCUCCAUCAAGUAAGCUGGGGAAACUCAUGUGCGGACCUUUCCUGAAGUUCGUUGCCCAUGCAGCUUCCUUUAUGAUAUUUCUUUGCCUGCUGAUUCUGAACGCAGCUGAUCGGUUUGGCGGGACGUCCCUGCUGCCUAACAUGACGACCCAGGAUCACCCCUCACAGCUGUUUCGUAUGAAGACCACUCCUUUCACCUGGAUGGAGAUUCUUAUCAUUUCCUGGGUUAUAGGAAAGAUCUGGGAGGAAUGUAAAGACAUCUGGUCACAGGAUAUCCGAGAAUACAUCUCCGAACCCUGGAACCUCCUCGAUUUUAGUAUUUUGACCAUUUUUAUGACCUCUUUCAUUGCAAGGCUGAUGGCUUUCUGGCAUGCGUAUUCUGCUCAGUGUUACAUUGACAAACAUUACAACGGCCGUCACAACAUGGCCCUGCCCUCUGAGAUACAGUAUUUCCAGCUGGCCCGGGUUAACUGGAUGCCCUCAGACCCUCAGCUGAUUUCUGAAGGCCUCUACGCCAUCGCAGUGGUGCUGAGUUUCUCUCGCAUCGCAUAUAUCCUGCCUGCCAACGAGAGCUUCGGGCCCUUGCAGAUCUCUCUGGGGAGGACGGUCAAAGACAUCUUCAAGUUCAUGGUGAUUUUCAUCACAGUUUUUGUGGCUUUCAUGGUGGGAAUGUUCAAUCUGUACUCGUACUACCUUGGAGCCAAGCAUAACGACGCUUUCACAACGCUUGAAGAAAGCUUUAAGACGCUUUUUUGGGCAAUCUUUGGCUUGUCAGAGGUGAAAUCAGUGGUCAUAACCAUUGACCAUAAGUUCAUUGAGAAUACUGGAUAUGUGCUGUACGGGGUGUACAACAUUAUCAUGGUGAUCGUCCUGCUGAAUAUGCUCAUUGCCAUGUUUAACAGCUCCUUCCAAGAGAUUGAGGAUGAUGCUGAUGUUGAGUGGAAGUUUGCCAGAGCGAAGCUGUGGUUCUCCUACUUUGAGAACGGUGGUACUCUGCCCGUACCCUUCAACCUCGUACCCAGCCCCAUGUCUUUUGUUUCUCUCUGGCUGGGGAUAAAGGAGUUUCUCUGGGAUGGACCUCAGGGGAAAAGCAAAGAAAGUUCAAAUGAUGAGAUGGAGCUUAACAAGCUGAAGCAACAUGAUGAUCCGAACUUGGAGGCACCACUUUUUUCUUCCCAUCAUCAAAAGAUCAUGAACCGCCUUAUCAAGAGAUUCAUCCUAAAAGCUCAGAGAGACAAAGAAAAUGAUGAAGUCAAUGAAGGUGAACUGAAAGAAAUCAAACAGGACAUCUCCAGUCUCCGCUACGAGCUGCUGGAAAGAGGAGAUCAGGAUAUGGAGACAGUGGCAAAGCUCAUCAGACAACUGGGAGAAGUCUUACAUGUCCAGCCUAAAGAGGAUUAAAAGAAUUAAAGUAGUAUUAUUUUUUGUUAAGAAAGAUUUUAUAGGGGCUGUAUCUACACAAAGAAAAACAACUUUUGUCAUAGAUGAAGCUUUCACUGUGGGUCACGUGGGCCUUAGGCACUGACUGUAGCAUACAUUUAAGGACAAAAAUUAACUACUAAAAGUCAUAAUCUGUAAUUUUAUCUUGUGGUUUUUAUGCCUAUAUUAUUAAAGUUAUGGAUAGGGGAUAGAGGGGGAACUGGGGAGAGGUGACGAGGACAUCGGCCUCAGUAUAUGGGUCACUAGGAAAUAACCACUAGGCUACUGGGGCCUCUAUAAUCUUCAUUUUAAACAUAAAAUUGUUCAAAAUUCUUAAUUAGUUUUAAUUUUAUGUCUACAAUGUAUACUCCCAGUAUCUCACUGCUCAUCACAUGUUGGCAUUAACGACAACUUUUUGCAGUCUCUGUGUUUUUAAUUUGCACUGCUGACUGCUGACAUACGGCCGUGCUGCCUGUAAGCAGCUGUUUAAAGGAUGUGAGGCUGAUUUAGAGGCUUUUUCCCAUCUGGAGUAGAGAAAGUGUGCAGAAAGUAACAGCAUAUGUUUAGAUGUGUCACUUUAAGGCUCAUAAAGUCACACAUAACAAAAUAAAUGAAAGCUUGUC